GGAUGCUGAGCAGAGACGCGCCCCUGUCUCGGCGGAAGUCUCUGGAUAAUUGAUCAUGAUGCACUUCUGGGUAUAAUGCACACUUGGAUGUGAGGGAUGCCAGUGGUUUCUCAUGUCUGCAGUACUGGAUUGCACGCACAUUAGAAACAUCCUAACUGGUAGUAGUGGUGUGUGUGUGUGUUUUCCCCAUGAGCGGAUGGGUCGGUCACUGCAUCGCUGCAGAGCUGGAAGCCGUCACUAAGGAAUAAGCAUCCCAGAUUUUGCCUCAGCCGAUGUGCAGAAGAUGUCCAGGUAAACAGGCACCAUGCUGACUAGCAUCACAGAGGGAAUCCUGUGCUGCCUGACAGGCAAAAGUGGAAAUGCAGUGCUUCCUGUGGAACCAUCAGACGCUGCCCCUUCCGAUGGGUUCGAGUUUGUAGAGGUGAAGCCAGGCCGUGUAUUGCGUGUGCGCCAUGUCCUGCCUGAGCGUCCUGCCGAUCCUGAGCUGCAGCAGGAACAGGGUACUAGUGUGCACUGCAAGCGCAAGAUCACUGUCUACCGCAAUGGGCAACUGGUGAUUGAGAACCAGGGUGAUGUGCUGCGCUCUGAGAUUCUGCAUUGCCCCAAUGGAGAAGUGGAGCAGUGCAGCACUGUCGAAGUGGAGCUUGCUGAUUACUUCACUGCACCUUCUUCCCCAGAACCCAAACCAGCUCCUCCUCCUCCUCUUCUGGCCUCAGACCAACAGAAACCAGCUCCACCACCCAGACGGCGCAGGAGGAAGCCCAAGCGCACAGUUCUCAUUGACUCAGAGAGAUGUAUCAGCAGCUGUAAGGGGACGCACUCGGACGUGGCACUCUUCUUCAUCCACGGUGUUGGAGGCUCACUGGAUAUCUGGGCUCGUCAGUUGGACUUCUUCUCCAAACUGGGCUAUGAGGUCAUCGCACCAGAUCUGGCAGGGCAUGGAGCCAGUACGGCCCCUCAGAUAGCAGCUGCUUACACAUUCUACGCCCUAGCUGAGGACCUGCGCGCCAUUUUCAAGAGAUAUGCCCGCAAGCGCAACAUCCUGAUUGGCCACUCAUACGGGGUGUCAUUCUGCACGUUCCUGGCACACGAGUACCCAGAGCAGGUACAUAAGGUGGUUAUGAUAAACGGCGGAGGCCCCACAGCACUGGAGCCAAGUCUCUGUUCCAUCUUCCAGCUGCCCUCUUGUGUCCUGCACUGCUUGUCGCCUUGCCUCGCGUGGAGCUUCCUCAAGGCUGGAUUUGCCAGACAGGGAGCUAAAGAGAAGCAGCUGCUAAAGGAGGGCAACGCCUUUAAGGUGUCUCCAUUUGUACUGCGGGCCAUGAUGAGUGGUCAGUACUGGCCUGAGGGAGACGAGGUGUACCAUGCUGAACUCACCGUCCCCAUCUUGCUUGUGCAUGGCCUCUAUGACAAGUUUGUGCCCAUGGAUGAAGACCAGCGAAUGGCUGAGAUUCUCCUUUUUGCCUUCUUGAAAGUGAUCGAGGAAGGCAGUCACAUGGUCAUGAUGGAAUGCCCAGACACGGUCAACACACUUCUGCAUGAGUUCUUUCUCUGGGAGCCGGACAUCACCAGAAAGGAUUGUGUGGAUGAUACACCUGUCGCUCCGACUCCGACUGUUCCUACAGACACCACGAAUGAUGAAAACACUAGCACACAAAAAUCCGGCAAGCCUGUAAACAAAUAACAGAUGAAGAGUGGUGUUUUCGUAGGGCAAACCAAUCAGAAGGCUCUUGAUGGCAGGGUGUAUGAGGUGGAGUGAUCACCCAGGCUGAUUUUUUGGAGCUGAAGAUUGAGCUACAUGUUCGAGCGAGUUGCACCAAGACGGCAAGAACGGUUCAAGAGGUGAGACUCUGACGAUACAGGCCAGAGGUUAAAAAGGGAAAAAAAAUGAAUGCAUAAACCUAAUUUCAGACCAGAAAUCGUGGUUUAUUACAUUUCAUUGGUGUCAUAUCUCUCUGCUACCUUUGGACAAAAUAUCUUUUCUUCUUGUGUAUGGUGUAUCAACAAAAUGACUCAAGCUCUGUCAUCAGUGAAAUCGAGGCAAUUUUAGUGCUCGAGCUCCAACUGGAAAUUACAAACUCAUUUUUUAGCUGGAUUACAGAGGUGUCCCGAUGCUCAUGCCGUGCUUGUAAAUCUAUCGUGUGCUCUAUUGUGAUCCAAGCCACAUGAGUGCAUCAAAGCGAGGAGAGAAAUAGCACCUAGAGCCAAAUCUAAGUGUCAUGCUUUUGCUGAACAUUGUUAUUUGUUCAGAGUAACACCAAUAAUUAUAACGAGGAAAAAAUAAGAGCGAGUAGUGAUAUUGUCUUCCCAUGUAACACACGCCUACAGCCCUAGGAGGAUAAAAAAGAAAACAGAGGGGAGGAAGAGAAAGCUGGAACGAGCAUAUUUAAUGUGAAGGCAUUACCUCAGUACCCCUUGAAUGAUUGAAGCUGUUAUGUCAAACGUAAUUAAAAUACUAACAUAUCACUGUUCCAGUUAAAUAACCUGCUAUGACAAGCAUU